UGCCCUCCCAGAUCCCGGACCUCUCAGGGGACAGCGGGCGGGGCCUGAUCCACCCUCUGGUUUCUGACCCUAGAAGACCUGCCUUUCUUCGGUUCCCGGUUACUGGCAGCAGCCCCUCCUCCCACAAAAGAUCAGCCCUUUUUGUUUCAGAUCCUAGAGUCUCAGCACCGAGUCCCUCCUCUCCCUAGCCUCAGGAGUCUGAGAUUCCAGCCCCUCCUCCCUCAAGAUUUCACGUUCAGUCCCCUCCGCCCCUUCUCACUCACACCCAGUGUUCCAGUUCCCAGAAGCUCCCCAGGCUCUAGUGCAGGAGGAGAAGGAGGAGGAGCAGGAGGUGGAGAUUCCCAGUUAAAAGGCUCCAGAAUCGUGUACCAGGGAGAGAACUGAAGUACUGGGGCCUCUCCACUGGGUCCGAAUCAGUAGGUGACCCCGCCUCUGGAUUCUGGAAGACCUCACCAUGGGACGCCCCCGACCUCGUGCGGCCAAGACGUGGAUGUUCCUGCUCUUGCUGGGGGGAGCCUGGGCAGCGUGUGGAUGCCUGGACCUCCUCACUAAGUUGUAUGCGGAGAACUUGCCGUGUGUCCAUUUGAACCCACAGUGGCCUUCCCAGCCCUCGCACUACCCCAGAGGGUGGCGAUCCAACCCUCUCCCUCCUGCUGCAGGACACUCCAGGGCACAGGAGGACAAGGUGCUGGGGGGUCAUGAGUGCCAACCCCAUUCGCAGCCUUGGCAGGCGGCCUUGUUCCAGGGCCAGCAACUACUCUGUGGCGGUGUCCUUGUAGGUGGCAACUGGGUCCUUACAGCUGCCCACUGUAAAAAACCGAAAUACACAGUACGCCUGGGAGACCACAGCCUACAGAAUAAAGAUGGCCCAGAACAAGAAAUACCUGUGGUUCAGUCCAUCCCACACCCCUGCUACAACAGCAGCGACAUGGAGGACCACAACCAUGAUCUGAUGCUUCUUCAACUGCGUGACCAGGCAUCCCUGGGGUCCAAAGUGAAGCCCAUCAGCCUGGCAGAUCAUUGCACCCAGCCUGGCCAGAAGUGCACCGUCUCAGGCUGGGGCACUGUCACCAGUCCCCGAGAGAAUUUUCCUGACACUCUCAACUGUGCAGAAGUAAAAAUCUUUCCCCAGAAGAAGUGUGAGGAUGCUUACCCGGGGCAGAUCACAGAUGGCAUGGUCUGUGCAGGCAGCAGCAAAGGGGCUGACACGUGCCAGGGCGAUUCUGGAGGCCCCCUGGUGUGUGAUGGUGCACUCCAGGGCAUCACAUCCUGGGGCUCAGACCCCUGUGGGAGGUCCGACAAACCUGGCGUCUAUACCAACAUCUGCCGCUACCUGGACUGGAUCAAGAAGAUCGUAGGCAGCAAGGGCUGAUUCUAGGAUAAGCACUAGAUCUCCCUUAAUAAACUCACAACUCCCUG